AGUGCCAGGCUCACCUAGACCCAGCCCAGUGGCCUUUUUGUGUGCAUUCCGUCCAAAAAAACUGCUGCUUUCAUUAUUUCGUUCCAUAAAUUAAUCUGUGGACAGUAUAGAACGCUUCACAGUUAAAACUCACCGCAUGCAUAUAGGCUAUGACAUUUAGUUCGGGGAACCAGUACGUCUGCACUAUAUGCGUACGAUACAGCCACUAGCAGAAUACGUUUUUUAAAUAUGGACGCAGAAGCUCUAGCCGUCGCGCUCGUAUCUGGGGGUCGAGGGGAAUCAGAGAAGUUCCGGCUGAUCCGAAGCAGCUUUCCAGCCGAAGGCCCUGGCCCGUUUACAAGAGCUGAUGUAGCAUUCGUGCAGAGUUGUUUAGGACGCGAUAGAAGGCUUGUCAGGCUUGCCCUUGAGUUCGCAGACGUUUCAUGCAAUCGGGACUUCGCUAUUGCGGAAUUAAGCAGUGGAAACACCAUCACCUCAAGACAUGUAGCGACUCGUUUCCACUGGCUGUACACUACUGAAAGUAUACUCAACGAAGCGUUUUUAUCAAACGAACUAGUUAAAAUGAGCCAUUCAACGCGACUCAAGGUGUUCAAUAGCAUCGGAAAGAAUGUAACUGACGUCCAAUUAGGAGACCAGCUAUGGAACUUUGUGAAAACAAAGUUCUUAUUGCGCGACUCGAAUAGGUUACUGGCAGCCUGUAGCAAUAGCCUCAUCCUUCGUGAAGUGUCCACCAGCAAAAUUGUUCAGCUCACGGAUGCCCAGAUGCUGCAGAUUCUUCAAAAGAGGUUUGAUUCGGGCAUUGAGCUACUGCAGGCACUGGCUUUUGCACAGAAGAACAGCACAUUUAGGAAGCCGGUUGCGUUCGACAAUUCGUUGCAUUAUAUUCUCCUAAAGGAUUUUGAGAAAGGAUUCAAUAUACUCACAGAAACCGCUAUAAAUAAGAGCCUCGGUGCCAAUCGUACUCGAUCGUUACUAAAAGCGUUUCGGUCCGGAGGAAGUAGUUCUGCUUCUAGGGAUCGCAUAGUCAAGUACUCAAUCUUCCUUCACAGGAAAGCACUACGUAGGUAUGCCCCUACUGAUCUAUACCUAGAAUGCUUUGUUAGGAACAACAUACAUUUAUACUCGGAAAAUGACUUGCAAUGGAGGAAACAAGCAUUCAGACCCGAAAAACAGGCCAGUGUCCACAUACUGAUGUCGUGGUUGACUGGCCUUUCGAUGUCUGUCAAAAGAGAAUUCCUAGAGGCCCUAUUUCGGAAAACGUACAAUAAACCAAUAAUGGAUGUUCCCACAAAGGUGUUUCCAGAAAUGCUGUACAUUCUUAGCGAAGAGGAGCGGUUGCGCAUUGUAAAUUGGCGACUGCAAAAGAAAGAGUACUCCUUAGCGCGAAUAACGUGUUCGGCGGUACCCUCAACCAAAGAGUACUUUUGGAGGUCGAUGCUUCCAUGUUACCUAUCGUUUCCCGAUUUAAAACACCUCUUAGCAGUAGAACGUAACGUGCGCGUACGUGAAAUACUUUACCGCCUUAUAGUUACCUCCGCAGUAAUACAAUGCGAUAGCAAAGCUAUCGAGAUGCAACUGAACUUUGUCGUCGAAAGAUGCCGCAGUGAACAGUCGAUCAUUUACAAAGCAAUUUUUGAAACUCUUGAGGAAUAUUAUUGUCUAAAAAACCGUGUUAAGGCAAAUAUAUGGCCUGCAUUAAAAAAACUCUUUGACAUGAUUCUGCUCAAAGAGAGGAGACAAGUGAGUGUAUCUUGUUUACGAUUGCUGGUCCGACUGUUAGAAAAAGUUAAUCCGGACGAUAUAGAUACGGUGAAGCAGAUGGCUGAAACUCUUACAAAAGUGCAUGUUACUUGCCAACUGUUAUGGCCCGAGAGCAUUAUGGCGGAAUUCAAGCGACUACAUCGGCGCAGUCAAACGCUCGUUUUGAAAACAAUUCUAGAAGCUCAAGAGCCAUAUUUGAUGAUUAGGCAAAAAGAGGGGUAUUCUAAAACUCUACAUAUGUGGCGAAUCUUUGAGGCCGUCGAUAACCUGAAACUAAAGAUAGACUUCCGUCAGUAUCCCAACAGUCUGGCUUUUCUGAAGCACUUAGUAUCAGGUGAUGAUAAACGCGCAUACUGGGAGAGUAAUAAAAUCGUACGUCGAGCAUAUCAACUUAUCAAGGAUUUUUUAACAGAGGGAGACUCCGUUAAAAAAGGGGUCGAUGGAGAGCACGAUGCCCAUUUUACAUAUGUCAGAAUUCGACAUGCCAACGAUGUCGCCAGUUGUGUCGACAUCAAUGUUAUCCUAAGCGGAACGCCUCUUGCGAUCCUGAUUCGGAUUUGUCAGCUGCUGGCCGCUAAUGAUGCUAUAACCCCACGAAUGCUUCAAAUGUCCUUGAGCCUACUGGACGAUCCCGAGCGCCGUGUUUCAGCUGCUCGUUUUUUAGCGCUAUGCCUGCCAACCUGUGACUUGCCAAAGCACUUCAAUGGUUAUUGUCCUGAACAAGAUAUUAGCAAAAUUGACCCCGCUUACUACGAAGUGCAGAAGGCCAUGCUCAACGCCACCAAAUUAAUUAGUGACUCUGCGAUCGCAUUAGAGAUAAUUGGAAAGUUUAUGCAAGGCGACUAUCUGAAGAUGGCCGUCCAUGCUUUUAAUUACCACUGCUCAAAGGCACCACCUGCCAUCGUGCUACCGCUGCUAACAGACGGUUUAACCAAUAAUAGCUCGGUAGUUAAGCAGAAGGAGUUUCUUCGCUGGUUUUUCAUUUAUACAUCUGACCAUAAUGCAAAACUAAACGAGAUCUUUGCGUCGGCUAAAAGCAGCUCCGUAAAGCGGGAACUGCUCAAGAUAGCUUAUCGUAAAGCGGAAGCUGACGGGGACGAGGCUUGGCCAACCCUACAAGCCUGUCUUAACAUACAAGAGACGAGAGAUAAGCAAACGCUAAUUCUUCUUUUUACUAAAGAUUGCAUCGAUGAUCGCUUAAACGAUUAUCUUCCAGAUUUGUUCCGCUUCAUUUUGACGUGCGCAGAAGACAUGUCGGAUAUACAUAAGUUGAAAUUUAGUAGUUUCUUAGACCGAGCCGCUUGUUACAUAUCAAGAAUUCCUCAGAAUCUUGCGCAAAGCCUCUGUGUUGCGGCCCUCGAACAGGCAAAGUUAUCCGCAACUGCUGAGCAAUUAAAGUACUGUUCAAAGCCUGAACUUAGUAACUACAUCGGGCGUUUUGCCUUGCAGAACGGCCAGACCAAUUUGAAAUUCCUUGAAGAUCAACUCGAGUUAUUGCUGAAGGAGGCUGACGACCAUAUAGAGCCGACUCUCUGGAUAAUAAUUCGAACGAUUUGUAAUGCAGUCGUGGAAAGUAGGCGUAUUGAUGGGGCUGAUCAUUUAUCAGUUCUUCAGGCCAUGCAUAGGACUCUAAGAUCGCAGAUUGCGACCUGUUUAUUGCAAUCGGUGUACGUUGAACUUAUACAGAUUAUAAUGGACCUGGUACCAGCAAAAAAUGCUGACCAAACCUCUAUGGUAUCCUUCGUUCUGAAUUACACAAUGAGAGGGAUCGAACUUAUUUGCGAACGCCUUGAUGAGUUUGGUAAUCAGAUGACUGGCCUUUUAGCGCCACUGCUAACAGACGCUAUAGAGAUCAUUAUUGGGAAACAAACGGAAUACCACGCCAAUAUGGUUGAGACGUACACGGCAACGUCUCCAAUCCGUCAUGCUUGGUUAUUAAUCGACUGCCUUCCGCCUAAAGGGAGCUUAACUUAUAUAAAGAACUCAGAAACCUAUGAUCAAUUUAUCGAUAAAAUCCAGCAUAGCUCAAAUGUAGCUCUCAAAGUUAUGCUUAAAUACAAACUAAACGUUCGAAAAAGGAAAAUAGUUACAAUUUAGUGAACGCUUAUACUGUAGUUUGUAAAUCGAGGACUAUUAAAGUGUACGCUUCAAUAUUCUUUUUAGUGU